AUGUCCGCUUCGACAACGGUUAGUUCGACCACUCGCGAGAGAAUGCCUGGCGCAAUGGUCCCUCUUCUCAUUGGAAAUAAAGACAUCACAACCCCGGAUACGUUUGAUGUGAAUAACCCUGGAAAGGGCUACGUUGAACACAAAUCUAGUACUGCACUUGUUGAACAUGCCCGCCUUGCCAUAGAAUCGGCUGAAAAUGCCUUCUCAGUAUGGUCUAUCACGAAGCCUGCAGUUCGAAGAGAUAUCCUGUCAAAAGCAGCUGAUAUUUUUCUUGCUCGAAAAGAUGAAUUCAUUGGCUACAUGAUUGAGACUGGGUCUCAGCAAGAGUUUGCAGAGUUUAUUCUAAUGCUGGGUGUGAACCUUUUAAAAGAUGUUGCAGGUAAGGUAUCGGGUAUUGAAGCCACUUCUCCUGCCUUGGCCCAAGAGGGCACAGGUGCACUGGUCUAUAAACAGCCUUAUGGAGUUGUAUUGGGAAUUGCACCCUGGUAUGAAUGCACCCUAUAUCUUGGGUACUCGAGCUGUGGCACUUCCACUUGCAGCUGGAAAUACCACAAUUCUGAAGGGCUCCGAACUCUCUCCCCAAAAUGCUUCUGGGCCAUUGGGGACGCAUUUAGACAAGCCGGAUUGCCAGAUGGCUGUCUUAAUGUUAUCUAUUCUCGACCCUCAGAUGCCUGGGAAGUGACCACAGCCCUGAUUGCUCAUCCGGCAGUCAAAAAGUUGAGUUUUACUGGAAGCACAGUCACAGGGCGCAAGGUUGCCCAUCUUGCAGCAGAAUAUAUCAAGCCAGUUAUCCUGAAGCUAGGCGGAAAGGCUCCUACAGUUGUUCUCGAAGAUGCUGAUGUAGACAAGGCCGCUCUAGGUGCUACUCUCGGCUCAUUCAUACACCGAAUAAUUGUUCACAGGUCUAUUGCCGAUAGGUUCCGGAAAGCCUUGAAAGCUUCAGUGGAUAGUGUGUUCGGUGGCCCAGGCACUCCUCUUGUAACUAUAAACCCAGCUGCGAUUGCCAAAAACAAAGAACUGGUUCAAGAUGCAAUUUCUAAGGGCGGUAAAGUCUUUAUUGGAGAUCUGGACACCCAAGCAACCCUUGAUACCUCGAUGGGGGUGGUUGUUGUUGAGGAUGUUACUGCCGAAAUGGAAAUUUACAAGACUGAAUCAUUCGGCCCGACUGUGUUGCUUUUCGUUGUCGACAGCGAUGAAGAAGCAAUCAAACUUGCUAAUGAUACAGAGUAUGGUUUGAGUGCUUCAGUAUUCACUGAGAGCUUGGUCAGAGGAUUGAAGGUUGCGAAACAGAUCGAAUCUGGGGCGGUACACAUCAACUCUAUGUCUGUUCACGACGAGGCGGCUCUUCCUCAUGGAGGGGUAAAAUGCAGUGGAUUCGGACGCUUUGGGACCAACAUGCUGGAUGAGUUCUUAUGGACCAAGUCUGUGACUUGGAUGGAAUAG